AAUAAUUAAACGCGAACGUUUCAACGAAUAUGUAUCGAUUGUUUGAAAUUUUCUUCAUUUAGAUAAUUCUAAAUAAAUAAAAAUUCUUUCUGUAAGUAUACAAAAUAUAUUCGGCAAUAACGGAUAGCAAGAACACGGAAAGGAAAGUGAAACGUGGGUAGGAGAGCUCAAAAGCAAGAAGGAAAGAGAAACGAAUUCUCAUUACGUAUGGAAGAGCGUAACUUUUGAUUCAAAUGGAGAGUAAUCGCCACGACGCUCACCGAGAUUACCCCCGUGGGAUUGUUCGAUAUUCUUUCUCUCUCUUUCUCUCUCUUUAUCUCUCUUAGCACAUUAUUCCUUCGAUAAGAUCGAAGAGAACGCAAAGGGUGAGGGUGAUACCGUGACAACGCCCGGUGAUACCUCGACGCAACCGUAUAAAACCUCAGGAUCGCUGCUGUAUCGGCACCAAUCUGUUCCGAGAGCUUCUCGAGGAAACUGUGACAAGUAACAACAUCCAACACGGGAGAAGAGAUGAUCGAAUUCAUCGGCAAAUUUCCCUGGACAUUGGGGACCUUCUCUUAUUCGUACCUUCUUGUAUUAUUCUUCUUCAUGACGUCCUGUACAACCGCGGAAUACGAUUCAAGAGAUGUAGCGAGCAUGUCGAACGAUAGAACGCAGGACAACGAUUUUCGUUCGUGUACUGAAGGAAAAUGCAUAAAGAGGACUACACAAAAGAUGAGCAGCGGGAUGUGGUUCGGACCGCGACUUGGAAAACGUCGAAAGUUUGAGGGUAGAACAGGUAUGGACACCGAAUUGGAGGCUGUCGCUAAUGCUUUCGACGAUUCAGAUUGGACUAUUGUCGCUUUAUCAGGCGACAAGGGACGGAUGGCUAAUCGAGUCAAGGUCAAUCAAGAAGGAGACUAUGAUGAAAACGAACUUUUUACCAAGUAUUUAGCUUCGAAGAAUUCGGAGAGCGCACAAGACGAAGGGACGUUCUCCAGCGAACCAUUUUCUUUGACGAUUAAUCGCGGAAAUCGUCGAGUUCCUUUGACGAUUUCAUCACGGUUUGCUCAUCGAUCGCGCGUUCUGCCGUUUUAGUAAAGAAAAAAAGAAUAAUAGCCCAUAGUUAACUCCCGAAACUUAUAAAACAAAAGAGAUUCGAUUAACCAACGUCUUAUUGGAAUUACUAAGAAAUAAAGUAUUCACAUUUGUUUGCAAUCCUUCAUUUAUUUCAUUUCGAUCCUAUCUUUCUUAAGACGUCAAAAAAUAAUCAUAUCGAAACGCGAUAUUUACGUUUGCAUAGCGUAGAUAAUAAAAAAAAAAAGAAAAAAAGGGGGUGUGUAUUAUUGCUCGAAGAUAUUAUUAUUGGUAGGAGAAGGAGAGAGAGAGAAAAAAAGAAGAAAGAAUGAAGGGAAGAGAAGGAUGGAGCACGGUGCAUUUAGGGGUAAUUCCUCGAGCAGCGCUCCGUACCGAUGGGCCAUGUGGUAACGUUAGAUACAGCUCGUAAUCAUAAAACACGAAAACACCGGGAACGGAUAGAAGAUACGGAGUUAACCCAUUACCUCGAUUUAUUUCGACGACGAAUAAAAGCAACGAAUCCAGUUAACAUUUACGAAUGUAAACUUGCGAGCAAAAACGAUCGGUAAAAAACAAAAUUUUCCAUCUACGAGAAACGGAAAAGAGACGUUCUUUCUAUCCGAUCGAAUUAAACCGAUUCAAUGCAAAAUGAUAAUUGGGUAAUUUGUCCAUUUAAAUAAUUAUGGGAAAUUAAUAAUAAUAAAAAAAAAAACAAAAAGAAAAAAAAUAUAAAAAGGAAAACUAGCGACCCUUUCCUUUUUUCUUCUUCUUCGACAUACGCGACAAAUGCGGUAUUCGUUGAGCGAAAUUAAGGAUUCGGAUUGUGCUCGGUUUUUUUGACUUUUUUAUUAUUUAUAUAUUCACAAACGUUACAACUUCCAGCUACGCGUACAAGAUUCAAAAUUCAUUCAUACGUCACGUAUUAUCAGUAGAUUUAAACGCACACAUACACACAUACGCGCACACAGAUACAUACACACCCGCACGCGCGCGCGCAUCGUUCGAUCAACCUAUAACUGUUAUUAUUAUUAUUAUCGUUUAAACUGCAUUUUCUAGCUUAAUUUAAUUUAACUCAGCAUCUAAGUCUUAUCGUUAAGUAUGUUUAUUGUAUAACUAUAUAUCUAUAUACAUGGCUGACAUGACUAUUAAUUAUCGUGAAACGAAGGAUCGCAAUUCAAGUCAUAUCUCGUAAUAACAAAUACGUACGUCUACGGUCUGUUAUUGUUAAUCAUUGUAUACGGGUUAUGUUGUACCUACAUUUGAAAAAAUAUUUAAAAAUUUCGCCAAACAUAAAAGUCGAAAGUGUUUCUUUUUUCUCUCUCUCUCUUUUUCUAACAAUUUUCUAUAUAUUUAACUAACUAGCACUCUUUUCUCCGUCCGUCUAUGAUUUUCCUUUUCUUUCUUAGCUCGUUGCGAAGACUUUUCUCGCUUGCUUAAAUCCUAGCCUUCGUUUUUUUCUCAUUUUUUUCUCGACCUUUUCUUUCUCUCUCACGCAAGCUGCACUAAGUAUAUUUUUUAAUAUUCUUCCCGCAUUUUCGAUACACAAAAUUGAAACGUGGAAGAUGGUACGACGUAUUCAUGAGUAUUCGCAAGUAAAAUCUCGAUUGAAGGCACAAUUGCACGAACGAAAACCUGCUGCGAGUUUUAUUUUAUUUAUAAUUAUUACUUUUUCUUUUCCUUCCUUUUCUUUAUUUAGAAUUAAGCUUAAUCUGCAAGUUUUCUUUAUCUUCUUCUUUCUCUUUACCGGACAGUGAAUCGUUUCCGUUCUCGGAAUACUGCGCGACAUACGUUCAUGCGAACUACUCUGUUCCCAUUGAAUAUUAACAAAGUUCUCACAACCACGAGCUGUCCACGAUUUAUUUCCGUUUAUUUCCGCACGAUUUUACGAAGGAUCGAGGAUAACAUUAAUUCUGUGAGUCGAGAGCUUUACCGUUUAUUUUUUCUUUUUCCUUCGAUGAUAACUCGACGAAAAAAUCAAAUAUUUAUAUUUAACGAAAUUCUAAUCGAUACAUACACGUAGAAUUAAUAUGAAUGAAAUUAGAAAAAAUAAAAAAAAAAAAGAAAAAAAGAAUUAUUUACUACAUACAAACAUACUACUUAUAUACAAACAUACUAAUAGAUGAAAGCAAAGAAUCGAUGAAGAAAAAUACGAUAUAUACAACAAUAGAAAAUACGUAAUAAUCAGAGCAGAGAGGAGAAAAGUCAAUGUAGGGCUAGGGGGAAAGAGGGGGACAGUAUCUGUACAAACUCAAGGCAGUUGAUUCAAACGUUUUGCCGGAGAUUCGUGACUUUGCUCUUAUUUUUCUCCUUCCCUUCGCUUUUCGUACAAGUUAAAUAAACAAGUAGAGGUCGUCGUAAUUUUCGCUCGGAGAGUGGCAUCACCGCGAAAUUAACUUUACACACUGAGACCGUAUAAGUUCUCUAUAUAAUGUGUGUAUAUUUGUGUAUAAUAUUUAUGCAUUGUAUAUGUACAGGCAACGGUACAAAUUAACCGUAUUAUAAGAGGGGUUGCCUGUAUAUAUAAUCAUUUCUUUUUAGCAGCUGCUUUUAUAUAUGUGUAUAUAUAUAUAUGCGCGCACGGAUUUCUUACACAUUUUUUUAUUUUUUUUUUUGUUUUUAUUAACCGUUAACCUCAUCCUUUUUUUUUUAUAUAAUAAUGCAAGCCUUAAGUAUAAAAUUAAGAAUUAUUAGCAGCAAAACUAAGUAACGAUGUAUACGUACGAGUCCGUGCAUAUGAUCUUUUGCGUCCUGUACGUAAGUCUAUCUAUGUUGUAGUCUCUAUAUCUUAAUAUUUUUCUAUAUUUAUUAUACACUUCUUCUUCUUCGGUUUUUUGUAGCACAAAUUGCGAUUGUUCGCGUGUGUGUGUGUGUGUGUAUAUGUGUGUGCAUGUCUUUACGGAAAUAUGUGGCUAUUUACAAAUGUACUAUGUGUUACAAAAUUACCUUUUUUCUAUUUUUUUUUUAUAUCAGGGAAGAAGACGAUCGUGCACCAUUUGAAAAUAAUCCAAUGCAAAAGAUCUAUUUUUUAUAUUAUGAUAGGCUCCCGCAUUUCGUGGGAAAAUAUUUCUCAUUAUAUCUACAACAUUAUAUUUUAUCGUGGAUAUAACAUAUAGGGGUAUGUUAUAUCUCGAAGGACGCCAUAAAGUUUAUUGGCUCAUUUCCUGAUCGAUUUCUAAACUUAAUCAAUGAAUCUAAUUCUAAAAUCUUACAUUUAUAGAACGUUGUCAUCGUAAUAGUAUAGCGCGCCCGUGUUAAGUUAUUAUUUAAUUCGUUUAAAAAUAAAAUCAAAUAUCGCCGCUUAUGAAAUGGCAACCAAAGAUUAUGAAAGAAAUAUGUACAUUAUGAGCCAUUCAUUCCUUUUUCAUUCUUUUUAUUCCUGGAUAUUAAGUGUGUAAUUAUUAGUUUGUGCUAGUUCACGUUUAAUUCUUCAUCCGUAGAUGUGACUCAUCGGUUAUAUUUUCGAUUUUACAUAUAUUCAUAAUUUUUAAGUAAAACGUCGACUGUAGACCGAAGAAUAGUUUUUUUUUUUAGAAAUUUGCUUAAGUUCGUCCUUAUGCGAGGUUAAUUUGUUGGAAGAAAAUUGAAAUGGAAAAAGAAAAAUUAUUACCGAAUUUAAUUUUUCCCUUCUCAACUCUUGUCAAUUUGCAAAGUGCUACCGAAAAUCUAUUAAUUUUAUUAUCGCAAAAGGAUUACGUGUAUUUGAGAUACAAAAAUAUAAGAGAUGCCUAAAUGCUUUCCUUUUUUUUCCGUCAAAAUGUAGCAAGCGUUUCGAAGAAAUUAAUUUUAAUCGUGUUAUAAGUAGUAUUUAAUAAAUGCACCUCUUUUUUCUUAUACAUAUACGAUGUAAUAUUUUCGACAGUUCUUAUUAUACCGGUUAUAAUGUAUGCGGUACGUGUGACUAGUGCGUUUCAAUGAGAAUAAGAAGGGCAUGUUUACACAAUAAACGAAUUUUUGCAGCAUACAUAGUGUAUCGUUUCUUUUAUCUGCCAUUUUAUAUACCUACAUACAUACAUACAUACAUACAUACAUAAUAUAUAUAUAUAUAUAUGUAUAUAUAUACAUAUAUAUACACAUAUAUAUGUAUAUAUAUAUAUAUGUAUGUAUGUAUAGAUUUAGUUUAAGUAUGUACUUUUACAUAUGAAUUAUGGUAAAAUGCAUAAAACAUAGGUAACUAAAAUAUUUUUCAUUUUAUCUUAUCGGAAGAUUAAAAAAGAGCCGUUAAAGAAAGUCUAUCGAAAAGAAGCGUUUGUUAAUUAUUACAAAUUUCAUUUCUAUUGCAUUCUGUAAUUUUCUCUCUCUAAAAAAUGAAAAAAGAAAAAAAGAUCUACAAUAUAAAUCGGUUUCGUUAUUUUAUCUCUUUCUGAGUACAAUCGUACAACAUGAUAUUUACAAGAGCAUUUUUCACGUUAUACAAAGCGAAUCAUCCGACAUUUUUAAAUACCUUGAUACCUUUAAAUAUCCGUUUUAUUAAUUUUUCUAAAUGACGAAAUCAUUAUUCUCAAGGCAUUAUCCAAAUUAAAGAUGACUCACCCUGUACACGUAUACGCGUAUAUACAAAUCUAUCGUAUCACUUUUAUUGAACGGCACGAAAUAAAUAACAAGUAGAUGCUUUUAAUGAUGAACACGAAAUCCAUCACGGCAUUGAAGGUAUGUAAUAUCAUAGCUUUAUGAUUUUCUUGCAAAAAACAGUUAUUUCGUUACCUGAGGAACGUUUUUUUUCUAUCUCAUCUUCUCUUUAAAAUACGAAGCGUUCGAACGAGUUCACGCGAAGCGCGUUAUCUAAUUUACCGUCCUGACUGUUUAACGAUAUUUCUUUUGUCGGCAGUGAUUCAUGUAGAUCGUUUAGACGGCGAAACCUCCCUCUCUCUCUCUCUCUCUCUCUCUCUCUCUCUCUCUCUCUCUCUCUCUCUCU